GCGACCCUUAUUAUGUAACUUCCGGGCUCCACCGGAAGCCGGUGUCGUUUCGCCGGCUUCACUCUGCGCAGUUUCACGUGUUCCCAUCGCUUCAUACAGAUUUCCACGAUGGCACAUCGGGACGGGAUCGUGAAGGCGAAGACGAGGCGCUCCAAACGCUUCCUGCAGAGCUGCGAGCCCAAGCUGAUCGAGGGCCAGAAGAACAGCAUGAUCAUCAAAGGAGGGAACACCAGCGAGACGGUCUCUCAGGCGCUGAAGGACGUGUACGCGCUGAAGAAACCCAACGCCGUGCUCUACAAGAGGAAGAACAUGGUGCGGCCGUUCGACGACUCCACGGCGCUGGAAUUCUUCUCCAAGAAAUCAGACUGUUCCUUGUUUCUGUUCGGCUCGCACAACAAGAAGAGGCCCAACAACCUGAUAUUCGGACGCAUGUUUGACUUCCACCUGCUGGACAUGUUCGAGCUGGGCAUCGAGAGCUUCGUGUCUCUGAGAAACCUGAAGACGGACACGUGUCCUGAGGGCACCAAACCGCUGCUGGUGUUCGCCGGGGAGCUGUUCGAGACGGACCGGGAGCAUCAGCGCUUGAGGAACCUGCUGACAGAUUUCUUCUGUGGGCCGCGGGUGUCGGCGGUGCGUCUGGCCGGACUGGAGCACGUGCUUCACUUCACGGCGCUGGAGGGCAAGAUCUACAUGCGCAGCUACAAAGUGCUGCUGAAGAAGUCCGGCUGUCGCACGCCCCGGAUCCAGCUGCAGGACAUGGGCCCUUCCUUUGACUUCGUCAUGAGGAGAAGUCACAUGGCCUCAGACGACCUGUACAGAACCGCUCACAAACAGCCCAAAGGAGUGAAGCCCAAGAAGAAGAAGAACAUCUCCCACGAUGCUUUCGGCACCAGACUGGGCCGCGUGCACAUGCAGAAACAGAACCUGGACAAGCUCCAGACGCGCAAGAUGAAGGGCCUGAGGAAGAGGAGGGGAGAGCGGACGGCAGAGACGCCGGCGGCCAAAGCACCGCGGACAGACGAGUGACGCCGGAGGACCACAGACACCUGAGACUGUCCUACAAGAUCCGCAAAACACAUCCCUUUACUCUUUCAACAAUUAAACCGUUGUUUUUCCUGCAAGUUUAAUAUUCUGACCUAAUGAAAUUUCAUUUAGAUUUUCUUAUAAAAUAAUAAAAUACAUUUAAUUCAUAUUCAAA